GAGUUCAUCUCCUGACAAAUAUCUGUAACAGUCCAUACAGAGAACUGGAUUAGGAGUCAUUUUACUAGUACGCUAAACAAUUUCCAGAAGACUGAACUACACCAACAUCAGAUCAUCAGAUCAAACAUCAGUUCCAGUGUUCAGCCAUGGUGCUGUUUGAGGAUCAGGAAUGUGGGGUCUGUUACCUGCGUUACUCCCGCAUCGACCGCGUUCCCAGAACUCUCCACUGCAACCACACAUUCUGCACCCCCUGUUUGGAGACAAUGGGGCUGCAUUACAGCGGCCUGCGCACCAUUCGCUGUCCCCUCUGUCGCCAGGUGACUUGUGUGGACCGUGGGCUCAGCUUGCAGGAGGCUCUUUUUGUCAAUAGCCAAGUGUGGGACAACAUUUGCGAUGAGCAAGAGGAGGAAGAGGACGAGAGAGAACAGGGGGAAAACGCUAAUAUGCAGGUGCUGCCCUCAUCACAGGCUGAAUGUCCAGUGCGAAAACAACACAGACCCAAACUCCGACUCCCGUCUUUCCUGAAGAGAAUGAGUUUUUCCAGGCACCCCGAAGAGAGGAUUGUUCCCACCUGCAAUGUAGAAAUGAUGUCAUGGAGAAGGAUUUCAUCAGAAGAGAUUUUUUGAAAAGUGCGACAGACACCAGGGCAUAAACAAGGGAUUAGCAAUACAAACAAUAGACUUUCACCGUCUGUUUUGCUUCUGCCAUUAAAGGUGUAUGCCAUGUGCUAACUACGUCUGGCGUACUGAAAAAGCGGGAGCAACAGUCAGUCCUGGACAAGGUUGUUUAAACAAAUCCAAUCCCCUCCAUGUGCUUCUGCGACUGCAUUUUCCACUUGAAUAGCCACAAGUCCGAAUCCUGCUCCUCCAUCUGAGGGGAACUUCUCAUUAGAUAUUCCACCCUUAAUCCGUCCCAGCUGCUGAGGCCGGAUUUGCUUCAGCUGUCCCGAGAGACAGAGGGUCCCAGAUGCGAAACAAGACUUUCAGAACAGAUGGCAUCUUGUGAAAGAUUCUGAUCACCCCCACAUCUCAAAUGGACUCUUUUAAGUUAUUUUAAGCUUUGUUAUUUAUAUAACUUAUAAAUAAUUGUAAAUUAAAAAAUCUGAUUGCUAAAUGUUGUUGGUUUCUUUUUGAAUAGUACAUCCUGACGUCCUGUUUUACAUGCCUAUCUAGAGCAGAGGGGGUUCAAACUUUUUGAUACAAAGACCCCGAAUAUGACAUUACCCUUCUGAGGGAUCUCUGUUUCCAAAGAAAAAAUAAUCAACUUUUUUUAUAUUAUCAUUGUGCUUGAA